CGUCAACUGAACACACCUCGCGUGACGUGAGCGAGCGCCCAGGGCUAGCUGGAGGAGCGUCGAGCUGAGGCAGCGGUCAGCAAGAUCCCCGGCCGGCCGGCGCGGCAGAUCGGGCAUGUGUUGAUGCACCCAUACGCUGUGCGCCCCUGGAUUGUGACUUACAUCAUGGACCUAUCAUGCUUAUGCAUAACCGGACGCGGACGAUUCCGGUACACGCUAACGUAGUAACGACGAAGACAAAGCUUCAAUUUCUUCCGUCAAUUUGAUUACCUAACUUGUAACAAUGGAGCUCAGCCUUACCAUGAUAAUUUCGGUUUUGGCCGCCUUGCCCUUGAUAUGUUUGGUCCUUCUCAUUUAUUUCAAGGGAAUGGAAUAUGUGAUCGUGAAUCAAAGGUGGAUUUUCGUGUGUUUAUUCCUGCUCCCACUCUCUGCUGUUUACGAUGUUUUCUAUUUCAUCCGCAACUGGGUCGUUUUCAAACUAAGUAGUGCUCCAAAACUUCAUUCUCAACGAGUUCAAGACAUUCAGUCACAGGUGAAGAAAUGGAAAUCAGACCAGAGUGGGCAGCUGAUGUGUACCGGUCGUCCAGGGUGGCAAACCAUCAGUCUAAGGGUUGCCAAGUACAAACAGACCCAUCGCAAGAUCUUCAUCAAUCUGGUUGAUAUCCUCGAAGUGGACACUGAACGUCAGGUCAUGAAGGUAGAGCCCUUGGCCACCAUGGGUCAGAUCACUGCAAUGCUGAACCCUCUUGGCUGGACGCUACCGGUCCUUCCAGAGCUGGACGAUCUCACAGUUGGUGGUUUGAUCAUGGGUGUUGGAAUAGAGAGUUCUUCUCACAAGUAUGGUCUAUUUCAACAUGUCUGCAUCAGCUUUGAACUUGUCUUAGCUGAUGGAAGUGUGGUCCAAUGCUCAAAGGAUGAAAACUCUGAGUUAUUUUACUCUGUUCCGUGGUCAUAUGGAACUCUUGGAUUUCUCGUAUCAGCGGAGAUCAAGAUCGUACCUGCUAAGAAAUUUGUCCGUCUGGAGUACAAGCCUGUGCAUUGUUUCGAUGACGUCUUUAACGUCUUUGCAGAGUGUUCAAAGGAGGCUCAGAAAAAUGAAUUUGUUGAAGGAUUGAUGUACUCUGAGAAUGAAGCUGUUAUAAUGACAGGACAGCUAACAGAUGAAGCCCAACAAGAUAAGAUCAACUCAAUUGGGAACUUCUGGAAGCCCUGGUUUUUCAAGCACGUCGAGGAGUUCCUGAAGACUGGUCCUGCUGUGGAGUACAUUCCCCUGAGGCACUACUAUCAUCGACACUCCAGGAGUAUCUUCUGGGAAAUUCAGGACAUUGUGCCGUUCGGCAACCAUCCGAUCUUCCGCUAUCUCCUUGGCUGGUUGACCCCUCCCAAGGUGUCGCUGUUGAAGCUUACUCAAGGUGAGGUCAUCAGAGAACUCUAUGAGAAGAAACAUGUCGUACAGGAUAUGCUGGUGCCUAUGAAAGACAUGAAGAGCUCCCUCAUGUGUUUCCAUGAUGAAAUGAAUAUGUAUCCACUGUGGUUGUGUCCAUUUGUUUUACCAGCCUUACCAGGCAUGGUUCACCCUUCAGGCAACCAGGAAGAACUCUAUGUGGACAUAGGAGCUUACGGCAACCCUAAGAAUCCUGACUUCCAUUUCAGAGACACUACUCGUAAGGUGGAGGAACAUGUCCGCAAAGUCAACGGUUUCCAGAUGCUGUAUGCCGACAGCUACCUGACCCGCGACGAAUUCCGAGAGAUGUUUGACCAUUCUCUCUACGACAAGCAACGCAAGAAACUCAACUGCAAAGGUGCUUUCCCUGAAGUGUACGACAAGAUCAAUAAAUCCGCUCGCCACUGAUACCCUAUUAGUCAGUCCCCAGUAGAGUUAAACCAAGGGAUGUUUCACAAAGUCUUGGGAAUGACUAAAGGGUGUUGUAAGAAUAUAUUUGCAAUCAGUAGCAAAUUCCAUUUGUAUUUUUUUACAACCGGGGCCUUUUCAUAAAGCUGAUCGUAAGUUGAAAGCAACUUUAAGAAC